AUGAAGGACAAACAGAAGAGGAAGAAGGAGCGCACGUGGGCCGAGGCCGCGCGCCUGGUACUGGAAAACUAUUCGGAUGCUCCAAUGACACCCAAACAGAUUCUGCAGGUCAUAGAGGCAGAAGGACUAAAGGAAAUGAGGUUUGUAUGGCUCUUUGGGACAUCCCCUCUUGCAUGUCUUAAUGCCAUGCUACAUUCCAAUUCCAGAGGAGGAGAGGGAUUAUUUUAUAAACUACCUGGCCGAAUCAGCCUUUUUACACUCAAGAAGGAUGCCUUGCAGUGGUCUCGCAGUCCAGCCGUGGUGGAGGGAGAGGAGCCAGAGGACACAGCUGAUGUGGAGAGCUGUGGGUCUAACGAAACCAGCACUGUGAGUGGUGAAAACGAUGUUUCUCUCGAUGAAACGUCCUCUAAUGCUUCCUGUUCUACGGAAUCUCAGAGUCGGCCUCUUUCCAACCCCAAGGACAGCUACAGAGCUUCCUCACAGGCAAACAAGCAGAAGAAAAAGACAGGGGUAAUGCUGCCUCGAGUUGUCCUGACUCCUCUGAAGGUAAACGGGGCCCACGUGGAAUCAGCAUCAGGGUUCUCGGGCCGCCACGCCGAUGGCGAGAGCGGCAGCCCGUCCAGCAGCAGCGGCGGCUCUCCGGCCCUGGGCAGCGCUGCUAUCCGUGGCCAGGCCGAGCUCGCCCGGGACCCUGCCCCGCUCCUGAGAGGCUUCCGGAAGCCAGCCACAGGUCAAAUGAAGCGCAACAGAGGGGAAGAGAUAGAUUUUGAGACGCCUGGGUCCAUUCUUGUCAACACCAACCUCCGGGCCCUGAUCAACUCGCGGACCUUCCAUGCCCUGCCGUCCCACUUCCAGCAGCAGCUCCUCUUCCUCCUGCCAGAAGUAGACAGACAGGUGGGGACUGAUGGCCUCUUACGUCUCAGCAGUAGUGCACUGAACAAUGAGUUUUUCACCCACGCAGCUCAGAGCUGGAGGGAACGCCUGGCCGAUGGUGAAUUUACUCAUGAGAUGCAGGUCAGGAUACGACAAGAAAUGGAGAAGGAAAAGAAAGUGGAACAAUGGAAAGAAAAGUUUUUCGAAGACUACUAUGGACAGAAGUUGGGUUUAACCAAAGAAGAAUCCUUGCAGCAGAAUGUGGGCCAGGAGGAGGCUGAAAUCAAGAGUGACCUGCACGUCUCAGAGUCAGCACGACCGCAGCGGGGCCCGGCCACCCGGCAGCGAGAUGGGCAUUUCAAGAAACGCUCUCGGCCAGAUCUUCGAACCAGAGCCCGAAGGAAUCUGUACAAAAGACAGGAGCCAGAAGAAGCAGAGAUCGCUAAAGACACACAGUCUGUGGCACCAGACAUCCCCCUCCACAAGGACGGAGAGGCUAAGACCGACGCAGCAGGGGUGGACAGCCCCCACCCACCUGGCAUGUCCUCCGCAGCAGCCAACCCAGAGAGUCCCGAAUUCCCAGCGGAAACUGUGGCCUCCCGGCUCCAGCCCAGUCCCAACGACCCAGCACGUGUCUCCGUGUCUCCAGACAGAAUUCCCAGCUUGCCGCAGGAGACCGUGGAUCAGGAACCCAAGGAUCAGAAGAGGAAAUCCUUUGAGCAGGCAACCUCUGCCUCCUUUCCCGAAAAGAAGCCCCGGCUUGAAGAUCGUCAGUCCUUUCGUAACACAAUUGAAAGUGUUCACCCCGAAAAGCCACAGCCCACCAAAGAGGAGCCCAAAGUCCCGCCCAUCCGGAUUCAACUUUCACGUAUCAAACCACCCUGGGUGGUUAAAGGUCAGCCCGCUUACCAGAUAUGUCCCCGCAUCGUCCCCAUCACGGAGUCCUCCUGCCGGGGCUGGACUGGUGCCAGGACCCUUGCAGACAUUAAAGCCCGUGCUCUGCAGGUCCGAGGGGCGAGAGGCCACCACUGCCAUCGAGAGGCGGCCACCACUGCCAUCGGAGGUGGGGGUGGCCCGGGUGGAGGUGGCGGCGGGGCCACCGACGAGGGAGGCGGCAGAGGCGGCGGCAGUGGUGAUGGUGGUGCGGCCCGUGGCCACCCUGAGCCCCGGGGAGCCCCGGGUGCCCCUGGAGAGUGUGCGUCAGAUCUACAGCGAACACAACUACUGCCGUCUUGUCCUGUAAAUGGGGAUCAUGCCCAGGCUGAAACUGCCACGCCCAGAGCCAGGAGAGAGGACCUGGCUUCUCUCAGAAAGGAGACAAGCUGUCCACUGCAGAGGGUCCCAGAUGGCCCCAGCAGCGGGCUGGAAGAUGCCUCCCGACUCCCCAUUGCACCCGCUCGGGACCCGCCAUGCCAGGCUCUGCCCCCACUGCCCUCUAGAAUCCCGGAACCUGAGAGGUUAGUUGAGCAGCUUGUGUUGCAUCCAGAAGGUAGAACUGAAUGUGAGUCUGCUACCACUGCCUGGGAAAGGGGUGAUGAGGAGCCAGCACUUGCGAUCCCCUCAGAGGACAGUCCUGGUCGGGCUCUGGCGGGGCCUGUUGGAGUAGAAGAAGGAACUGGCCAGGCUCCAGACAGUGGCAGUAAUCCCACCAUGAAGGAUCCUGUUAACAUGAUCCCCAGUUCCAUCCCCGAAUCAUCCUUGGCCAGUUGCCUGCAGGACAGACCAUUUGAUGAUGAAUCGGAACUUGGUGACUCGGGCCCACCCACAAGGGAAAGUGCUUCUAGACAGGAAAACUUGAAAAUGGAGGCUCCUGUCUCCCCUGGUGCUGCUCCUUGGAGGCCUGGCCUCCAAGGAGCAAAUGACGAGGCAGGGGGACAGCCUGAACCCGACUCCAGAGAAGAGGUCCCAUCCGUUAAGUCCCAGGUCAGAGAGGAGUGGGGGAAAGUGGCCACCCUCAUCCCGGCAUCACCUGUGGGCCUGACGGUGGAGGAGGGUCUGGAUCCCCCCGGCCACUUGGCUUCACUCUGGACAGUGCACUCCGGCUGUGUUGACAGCAGCGGCAGCGACUGCAGACAGCUGGAAGGUGAAAAGCCCAGAAUCAGUGGAGACUCGGAAGCUCUGAGUCCUCACGGCGAGUCCACAGACACUGCCUCUGACUUUGAAGGCCACUUCUCCGAGGACAGCAGUGAGCCUGAGCCUAGUGAAACCUUGGGGCCGAAGAGGUCCUCAGCAGUAGAGCAGGGUGAGAAACACAAUUGGAACCGCUGUGCCUCGCUCUCCAAGGUGAAUGGUGACCUGAAUCUGGUCACCAGGACAGAUGGGAUGGUUGCUCCUCAGAGCUGGGUGUCUCGAGUAUGUGCAGUUCCCCCAAAGAUCCCGGACUCCCUGCUGCUGGCCAGUCCCGAGUACCAGCCGAGGCCUGUGUCCCUGGCCAGGCCUGUGUCCUCAGUGGAGGCUGCUAACCCCCUGGUGAUGCAGUUGCUGCAGGGCCACUUGCCCCUCAAGAAGGUUCUCCCUCCAGCCCACGGCAGCAGCAAACCCGAACCCCCACGACUCCCGCUUACAGCAGAGCAGAGCCCUGGUGGCUCCCUGGGGUUGGGGUCAUUGCAGGAUCCUGGGGAGAACAGGUGCGAAGUUGGCAAGAGCAGUCCAGAGUCUCUGCUACCUGAGAGCUGUGAAGCAAGUACCGGCUUUGCCCGGCUGGAGCCCAGCCAGGCUCCUGGGGCGCCCCUCAAGAUGUCCAAGAACGCUCUGAGUUUAGACUUCCUAUAUCCAGUGACCAAUCCAGUGGCUGCCUCUGGGAAAGCAGAAGUGGAUUUCAAAGAGCAGUUACCUCCCUUCAGUUUUGAAGAUCAGAAGGAAGACCGUGACCUGACCCAGUGCAGUAUUUCAAGUGCUGCCCCAAGUGUGAGUCCGGGAAAUCUCACUACCUCGAGAGCCCCUCUUUUCUCAUCUCCAAAUGCGGUCUCCUCGGGUCCUGAUCAGGCAGGUCGGGCCCUGGGGGAUCAGAACAGUGCGGGAGGUCAAGGGAAGAAGCUCUUUGGCUCCAAGAACAUGGCUGCAGCCCUUCAGUGCCCCCGGCUGGUGGAGCCGACACCACUGCCUGCGGAGGCCCCUCCCGCUUUUCCCAAUAGGAAGUCAGGGCCAGGCAAAACCUCUCUGUCUGGUGGGAUGCAGACUGCCAGGGAAGACUGUGCCCCAAAGCCACCGCCUGCUUCUGUUGGCAGCAUCAAGAGCGAGAAGACUCUUGGUGGAGGACCUCUCAAGGCGGAUGCAGAGAACAGAAAGGCAGCGGGGCCUGGUCCCCGGGAGCUGGUGGAUCACUUGCAAGGGAUGCCCUUUGUCCUUGAUUUGCCCUUCUGGAAAUUGCCCCGGGAGCCUGGGAAAGGGCUCAGUCAGCCUCUGGAGCCUUCUUCCAUCCCCUCCCAACUCAACAUCAAGCAGGCGUUUUAUGGGAAGCUUUCCAAACUCCAGCUAAGUUCCACCAGCUUUAAUUAUUCCUCCGGCUCCCCCCCCUUUCCCAAAGGCCUGGCCGGAAGUGUGGUGCAGCUGAGCCACAAAGCGAACUUUGGGGCGAGCCGCAGCGCAUCGCUGUCCUUGCAGAUGUUCGCCGACAGCGGCGCGGUGGAGAGCAUCUCGCUGCAGUGCGCCUGCAGCCUGAAGGCCAUGAUCAUGUGCCAGGGCUGCGGCGCCUUCUGUCACGAUGACUGUAUUGGACCCUCAAAGCUCUGUGUAUUGUGCCUUGUGGUGAGAUAA